CCAGCCGAGGCUCUUCCGCGCCGGCAGGGGCAGCAGCGGGAGCGGCGCGGGGCGGAGCGGCGCGAGCGGCCAGGAGCGGCCCGGCCCGGCCCGGCGAGGCGACGGCGGCAGCGGCGACGGCGGCAGCAGCGACGGCAACGGCGACGCCAGAGCCCGUGGGCGCCGUUCGCGAGGCCGCCGCGGCCCGGCCGCAGCGCGGAGAGGCCUGGGGGCUGGAAGCCGCCGCUGCCGCCAUGCCGCUGCUCUUCCUCGAGCGCUUCCCCUGGCCCAGCCUCCGCACCUACACGGGCCUCAGCGGCCUGGCCCUGCUCGGCACCAUCGUCAGCGCCUACCGCGCUCUCAGCCAGCCCGAGGCCAGGCCCGGGCCUGGGCCCGCCGAGGCGGAGCCGGUAACGGCCCCGGUGCAGCCAGACCCGGCCGCGCUCGUCCAGCCGAGCACCGGAGGACCCCGGGCCCGCGACGUGGCCCAGUACCUGCUCUCGGACAGCCUAUUCGUGUGGGUUCUAGUAAAUACUGCUUGCUGUGUUUUGAUGUUGGUGGCUAAGCUAAUCCAGUGUAUCGUGUUUGGCCCUCUUCGAGUGAGCGAAAGACAGCACCUCAAAGACAAGUUUUGGAAUUUCAUUUUCUACAAGUUCAUUUUCAUUUUUGGUGUGCUGAAUGUCCAGACAGUGGAAGAAGUGGUCAUGUGGUGCCUCUGGUUUGCUGGACUGGUAUUUCUGCAUCUGAUGGUUCAGCUCUGCAAGGACCGGUUUGAAUAUCUUUCCUUUUCUCCCACCACACCGAUGAGUAGCCAUGGUCGAGUUCUGUCUCUACUGAUUGCUAUGCUGCUUUCCUGCUGUGGAUUAGCAGUUGUCUGUUGUGUCACAGGCUACACCCAUGGGAUGCACACAUUGGCUUUCAUGGCUGCAGAGUCUCUUCUUGUGACAGUGAGGACUGCUCAUGUGAUUUUACGAUAUGUAAUUCACCUCUGGGACCUCAACCACGAAGGAACGUGGGAAGGAAAGGGAACGUAUGUCUAUUACACAGAUUUUGUCAUGGAGCUCACUCUGUUGUCCCUGGACCUCAUGCAUCACAUUCACAUGUUGUUAUUUGGCAACAUCUGGUUAUCCAUGGCCAGCUUGGUCAUCUUUAUGCAGCUGCGUUACCUGUUUCAUGAGGUACAACGUCGAAUCCGCCGGCACAAGAACUAUUUGCGAGUGGUUGGAAACAUGGAAGCCAGGUUUGCGGUUGCAACCCCAGAGGAGCUGGCUGUCAACAACGAUGACUGUGCCAUCUGCUGGGACUCCAUGCAGGCUGCGAGGAAACUGCCCUGUGGACAUCUUUUCCACAACUCCUGUCUUCGUUCCUGGCUAGAACAAGACACCUCCUGCCCAACAUGCAGAAUGUCUCUUAAUAUUGCCGACAAUAAUCGUGUCAGGGAAGAGCAUCAAGGAGAGAACUUGGAUGAGAAUUUGGUUCCUGUAGCAGCAGCUGAAGGCAGACCUCGCUUAAACCAACACAAUCACUUCUUCCACUUCGAUGGGUCCCGGAUUGCGAGUUGGCUGCCAAGUUUUUCAGUCGAAGUGAUGCACACCACCAACAUUCUAGGCAUUACACAGGCAAGCAACUCCCAGCUUAAUGCAAUGGCUCAUCAGAUUCAAGAGAUGUUUCCCCAGGUUCCAUACCACCUAGUACUGCAGGACCUCCAGCUGACACGCUCAGUCGAAAUAACAACAGACAACAUUUUAGAAGGACGGAUUCAAGUACCUUUUCCCACACAGCGGUCAGAGAGCAUUAGGCCUGCAUUGAACGGUCCUGCGGAGAGGCCAAACGGCGAGCAGGAGGACGGAGAAGCUUCCGCUCAGACCGAGCGGGUGCCGCUGGACCUCGGUCCUCGGCUGGAGGAGGCACUGGACUUCGGUGAGCUGGAAGCGGAGCCCAGUGAAGGGGAGGACUUUGAGGCCCGGGGGAGCCGCUUCUCCAAGUCCGCUGACGAGAGACAGCGCAUGCUGGUGCAGCGCAAGGACGACCUCCUGCAGCAGGCGCGGAGGCGCUUCUUGAACAGAAGUUCUGAAGAUGACUCAGCCUCGGACAGCUGCCUCCCCUCAGAAGGCACGACCUCUGACCCCAUGACCCUGCGUCGAAGGAUGCUGGCUGCUGCCGCGGAGCGGAGACUUCAGAAGCAGCAGAGCUCCUAGCGCCUCCUCCCGAGCUGAAGAGGCCUGUCCCCAGCUCUGCCUGCUGAGUGAAGGAGUGGGCUCAACUGCAUUGCGCUGUGUAAAGCACGUGGUCUUAAUAGUGUGUGGACAGCUGGCAGAUUUAAUCCUUUUUUGUAA